AGUGGCUGGAAGUUCCAUUUGAUUCGCAGAUGUCUCGCACAAAAAAUCGAGUUUUGGUUCGAGGUCUGAUGAGGUAAUGAUGGCCAAAAUUUAAAUUGUUGUAGUUUCAUGGUUGUCCCUGGACUUGGUUCAAGUCAUUCUCAGGAGAAAAGUAGGGAGAGACGGACUUGGGACAUUUGCAGCAUUUCGAAUGUUACUUGCAAAAUUGGCGCGAAAAUGUGUUGUUGUUCUCAACUCCCAAGCCACGCCUCCGUAGGAAAAAUCCGACGGUAAAAUUUGGCGCGCUUGCAGGGUUUCCAACAACCUCGUACCCAGGCUUUCCACUACGUUCCUCGAACCUGGGAACGAGGUUGGGUAUCCAAGUCCGUCUCUCCUUACUUUUCUCUCAUAUUUUCGGGCCUUUUCUGACUGCUCGCGUGCAUCGCUAUUUUCAACCCCUUGAGAGACGGACUUGAACCUAGUCUAGGUUGUCCCCAAAGUUUAUCGUUCUAUUAUAUUUCUAUAUUUGGAUAGUUCCUCGCAUGCCUUGAUGUUUGGUGUGGCUGCGGGUGCUUCAGGCUUGACAAUACUUCUCACUCAAGUCAAUGGAUUAACUGCUCUAUUAGGUUCGUAAUAAUUCUCAUACAGUAGAUGUCUUCAUGUCAGAUAUAAUAUAUAUUGGAGAUUAUACAGUAGUUCACACAUUUCAGACAGCGCUUAAUUUCCAUUAGCUUGAAAAAUUUACUGUAAUGAAGAGUUGCCACUUUUCAAUUUUGUUGGAAAGUAUGUAGAGAGCUAGAGAGAGAUAGUUAAACACUAGAAGUGUUGGUUCAGUUUAGGUAGUAUAUUCUACAAUAAUAAGCUGCCGUGGUUUGUGUCUGAACUACCUGAAAAAUAUAUCUCAAAGGUGGAGGUCCAGUCACCACUCACCAGUGCACGUUGUAAGUGGUAUUCUACAAUAAUAAGCUGUCGUGGUUUGUGUCUGAAUUUGGUCCAGUGUAGAUAGUAUUCUACAAUAAGCUGUCGCGGUUUGUGUCUGAACUACCUGAAAAAGAUAUCUCAAACGUGGUGGUCCAGUGUAGGUAUUAUUCUACAAUAAGCUGCCGUGGUUUGUGUCUGAACUACCUGAAAAAGAUAUCUCAAACGUGGUGGUCCAGUGUAGGUAGUAUUCUACAAUCAGCUGCCGUGGUUUGUGUCUGAACUACCUGAAAAAGAAAUUUCAAACGUGGUGGUCCAGUGUAGGUAGUAUUCUACAAUCAGCUGCCGUGGUUUGUGUCUGAACUACCUGAAAAAGAAUCUCAAACGUGGUGGUCCAGUGUAUAGGUAUAGUAUUCUACAAUAAGCUGUCGUUGUUUGUGUCUGAAGUCUGAACUACCUGAAAAAUAUAUCUCAAACGUGGUGGCCCAGUGUAGGUAGUAUUCUAGUACUACAAUAAACUGCUUCGGUUUGUGUCUGAACUACCUUGAAGUACUUCAACGUUCGGGCGAAGGCUUUGAUGGCGUAAUCGUCACAGCACGCCCCUUUCACCUCGGAAAUCGUGGGUUCGAUUCUCGUUGCGGACUUAUGACACUUAUAUGCAUGUGAAGAGACAGUCAAGUACCGAAAGUCGUGGGUUUUUACCGGGUACUCCCGUUUCCUCCGAUGCAGAGGGAUUAGGGAAUGUUGACAGGGUGAGUUAGGAAAUACCACAAACCAGCCCUUCCAUCGCAGCUGUACUCCGUGAUCAGACAUGAAUCACAUGGUGGCAUUCAGAGGUGCCCUUAGUAAGCCUUCUACACACGCAAAAGUCUCAUAUCUUGUAGCAAGUCUGCCAACAAGUUGUGUUCGCACUGCUUUUGCCAAGUUGUCAACAAGUUUGGAACAAACUGUUAACAACUUGUAACAACCUUGUUGAUAUUAUCAGACUUGUUGCAAGGUUGUUCCAUGCAACAAGUCCGAUACAGUCAUGAUAUAACAAUAUUGUUACAAUCUUGUGUCAUCAACCUUGUAACAUUCUUGUUAUAUCAUGACUGUAUCAGACUUGUUAGAACAACUUUGCUACAAGUCCAUCAAACGUGUUAGCAGCGUGUUUCAAACUUAUUACAAGCAGUGCGAACACAACUUGUUGACAGCUUGUGAACAGAUUUGUAACAACUUGUUUGCAGACCUGUAACAACUUGGGGGUUUUUUACGCGUGUACUUGAUCAGGUUGAGCUGCAUCCUGGUAUUAAAUUCUCUUCGGUGAGAUUUUAUUCCUCCGCUGGUUCUCAAUAGUCUAUAUACUAUCCGGUAUAUUACUAUUUCUUUUUUAACAAUCGUUACAUAUAUAGACAGACCACUGCUAUCGUUAAUUUCGGUCGUUCUCUCCCGUUUACACUCAAACAAUCUGUAUCAAUCACUAUCUCUCACAGCAUCUAACAACCUCAAUCAAUUGAACUAACUUUGAACGGAUGAUUCCAGCUGUAGACUAAAUUUUGAUCUCGGCAAGCAGAGCAAAAUGCAUCACCACAGCUAGAAAGAGCAUGUUAAAAUUAGUAAAAUUGCAAAGUUUCGUUGCGAAAUGUUGUAAAAUGAGGAAAAUAUAGCCCUACGAAAUUUGCAAAUUUUGUAUUAUUUGUGUUACGCACGGGAAUAUGCACCACUUUCGGUCCAGAUGCUAAGCUAUCAGCAUGCUCUCUCUUGUCACGUGACCAAUCCUAUACAGAUAUACCCCUCACAGAUGGCUUGUAUAUAGUUCAGAAACAAAACAUAAUCUGUUAAAAUCUUGUAUUUUCAGGGGCAUCAACACUAAUUUUAUACACGACUGUGUACACGCCGUUAAAACGUCUGAGUAUAGCGAAUACCUGGGUUGGCUCGGUUGUUGGAGCAUUGCCUCCUCUCAUGGGCUGGACUGCCUGUACAGGAACGUUAGAUCCAGGAGCUUUUAUCCUUGGCGGAAUUUUAUACUCGUGGCAAUUUCCACAUUUUAACGCCCUGAGUUGGAAUCUCCGCGCUGAUUAUUCGAGAGGUAGGUUGUGGGUUAGGGACUAGACUAGUCAUUUAUGACGGGGUGUGGCACCGAAGAGAAAAGAGUUGGGCAAACUAAAUUUGUAGUAAGUAAAAGGUUGGGGACUAAAAAGCAAUAUCAACAGUCAUACGUAUGUUAGUACAAUAUAUAAAUCAAUCAAUCAGAGUCACUAGCUUGAUCAUUUUCCGAUUUGUCAGGAG